AUUUGUUCACCAUGGCCGAAUUACCUAGCUCUUUAGAUCGCCAGCUACGAACCCACAUUACCGAUCUUUGAGGCUCACUUGUGGAGAUCCUGCCUGGAGACCGAGUACAAGUGGUAUAUAGCACCGCAAAAUCCUAAGUUGAACAUAUACAACACCAUAUGGUAGCUUAUGAUUGUCCAAAUUAUUGAUAAAUUUGAGGAAUAGUUAUUUGAUCAAAAGCAGUCAUUCUGGAAGAGCGAAACUGGCAAAAAUAUGCCUGCACUAUCUACUUUUCAAAUGCUUUGACCGAACCACACAUAAAAAUAAAAUCCAUCACUACGUCAGCCAUGGAUAUUAUUUAUUCCAAGAAUAUGCAAUUGUGCAUUGAGUUGACCACCUAGAAUCCCUGAUCAAGCAUCUAUUAUCCUCGGGUCUUGAGAACUCGGAACAAUGCUACCUUGGAUCUGCCAUCGAAGAGUUCUAUGAGGUGUUCGGGGUACAAAGCACAAAAAGGUCGGAUGUUCUUUCCUCUCUGGAUGACCGAUGUACCUCCCUUGUUAGAUCUGACCAGGUGGACACAUUUCUUCUUCUGCUGAGCCAUACUAGAAAAGUCCGGGCUGCACAGGAUGAACUUACGAGCUAAAGGACUUGAAAAUAAUCCUUCACAAAGUACGAUCCUAUCUAGCCGAGCUUUCCAAAUCAAAUACUUUGACGGUGACGGAGAAGCAAGAACUCACUACCUACUAUGGACCAAAAUGGAUCAAAUGCCCUCGCCAUGCAUGUUUCUAUUUCCAUGAGGGAUUUUCCGAUGAACCUUCUCGUGACAAGCAUCUUCUCCGACAUGAAAAGCCCUUCUUGUGUACAGAUUUAAACUGUCUAAGGGAAAAUUGAGGAUACAGUACCGAAAAGGAGCUCAAAAAGAAUAUGGUGCUAGAACAUCCCGAUCCAGCAGCUUUUGAAGGAAAGUUUCCAAAAAUUAAGAAAGAACCAAUGGAAUAUCAAUGUGAUCAGUGCUCAAGCUCAUUCACAAGAUCAUCCAGCUUAAGGAUACACCAGAGAACGCACAGCAAUGAAAGGCCAUUUAAGUGCAUAUCUCUUGGUUGUUUAAUGGCUUUUGUGAGGAGGUGGGAUCGUGAUGAACAUGGAAGGUCUACUCAUCCAAGAAUGGAGAAGGCUUCGAGAUAACAACCUACGCAGUCUGGUCUUACUGCUACC